AUGCCCCGCCGACCAGUUAUCGCUGUUGCUGGGCUCGCCUGCGAAACGUCCAGUUUCUCUCCAGCCCGUACACUGGCACCAGCGUUCCACCCACGCUGUGGGAGUGAAAUUAUUGAGAAGUAUUCAUUUAUCCAGCCUGGAACAACUCUAGGUGACGCCGUUAGCUGGCAAGGCUCAUUGAUCGGCCACGCUCUCCCUGGCGGAGUAGUCACCCGGGAUGCAUUUGAGGGACUUACCACCGAAAUUCUCUCCCGUCUUUCAGAUAUCAGCUCAAACUCCGAGACGGGAAUUGAUGGGUUGUGGUUUGACAUACAUGGGGCGAUGUGUGUUGAAGGUAUUGAAGAUGCCGAAGCAGAGCUCUUGCGGCGCAUACGAGCUAUCGUGGGAGCAGAAACUAUAGUAUCUACCUCAAUGGAUCUACACGGGAAUGUUUCCCAACAGCUAGCCCAUCAGACCGAUCUCAUAACCUGUUAUCGUAUGGCUCCCCACGAAGAUACCAUGGAAACAAAAGAACGGGCCUGUAGGCACCUUGUUGAAAUUUUGACAUCAGAAUCAAGAGAGAGAAAACGCCCGCUGAAAGCCUGGGUACAAGUUCCCAUCCUGCUUCCAGGAGAGCAAACUUCUACUCGCUUGGAACCAGCAAAAGGACUUUACCAACUUGUCCCAGAAGUUGAAGCUGUUCCCGGUGUGCUGGAUGCCGCUAUUUGGGUUGGAUAUGCAUGGGCAGAUGAACCCCGGAAUCACGCGGUAGUGGUUGUAACAGGUUGGGAAAUCGACGCAGUUGCUACAAAUGCAAAGCGACUUGCCGAAUAUUUUUGGACAAUACGUCAUGAGUUCCACUUUGUUGCACCCACUGGGUCGCUGGGCGACUGUCUUGAUCAGGCUCUUCUUUCUCGCGACCGGCCCUUCUUUAUCUCGGACUCAGGCGACAAUCCGACUGCAGGGGGCUCUGGAGAUGUUACCUGGGGACUAUCUGUUGUUCUUAGUCGUCCGGAAUUUUGCAACAACACCGGCCCAAUGAUCAUUUAUGCCAGCAUUCCGGGCCCUGGGGCUGUUGACUGUAUGGCAGCGGCCGGGAUUGGUGCGACUGUUACCGUCACGGCAGGAGCUGAGAUUGACAACAUCCACCACGGUCCAUUGAGGCUGACCGGAAUCGUCCACGCCAUCAAAUUCGGCGAUAGGGAUGCUCUUGUGGAAUGUGUGCUUCAAAUUGGGUCGGUUUUUGCAAUCAUUACAAAGCAACGUAAACCUUACCACCACGAAAGUGAUUUCACCGAACUCAAUCUAGACCCUCGGUCCGCAGAUAUAGUAGUGGUCAAGAUUGGAUACUUGGAGCCAGAACUAUUUGAUAUGGCGGCUAACUGGAUGCUGGCCCUAACCCCAGGAGGUGUGGACCAGGAUCUAGCUCGCUUGGGCCACCGGCGAAUUUGUCGACCUAUGUGGCCAUUUGAUCGGAAAUUUUCGCAUGCCCCAAAUCUCACUCCUCGGUUGAUCCCGAUGUCAGAUGACCCAGCUUGA